AGACCGCCGCCCGCUACCUCACAGUGGCCUCUGGCUAAUAGAAGGCCGAGAAGGGCGGAGAAAGAGGCGUGGCCCCGCCGCGGGAAGAAGGCCCGCUCAGACGCGCUUGUGGGUUUGGUGUGUUAGAACGCGGGCGGUGAUGUCAUUGGCAACCAAUCAAAAACUUAAAAGUGCCAGCCCGGGCCCGCGCGGAGCAGCAGCUCUCUAUUUACAAGUAAACCCAGGCGGCAGGACGCGGUUAACCCUUCCCGGGACUGAAGUGUCAAUGGCUUGCGCUGGCAGCUCCGGCUGAAACUGGUUCUUCCGACUCUCCCACGCCCCCUGGUGCGGACACAGGCCUCACGGCGUUUCCAUUCCACCUCUUGACUCCAGGGGGAGGCUCAGAAGGGUCUGUUCAACUUUCUUGAGGCCGGAGGCGAUUCGAAGCCGGGUCCCUCCAUGGUUAUAGCUGCGCCGCGCCGGACGUGAGCGGGUGCAGGGCCGGCCUCCCGGCAGCCCGGCUCGGCCCGGCCCGCAGAUGUCGCUGCCCCUCCGGCUGCCCUACUGCUCUCCCGCGCGGCGGCUGCGAGCGGUGUUCCUUUUCCCCUACUUCCGUGUCCCCGUUACUCCCCCGCCGUCCCCAGCCUGUUCGCAGGAGCUCGACCCCGAACCCGAAGGCGACAUCUGGGAGAGCUACGCAGAGGAGGAAGGCUGGCACUACGCGGGCUGCCACUGGGGGCGAGUGCUGAGCGGCCGCCUGGGCCCCGUCCCGAAGGGCUGGGCGUGGUCGGGCCCUCCGAGCGUCCCGCUAGCCCCACAACCCCGGUACCAGCCACAGCCACAGCCACAGCCACAGCCACAGCCACAGCCACAGCCACAGCCCACCGGGGCUCGGGCGCCUUCCCCCGCCACCUCCCCGGUCGCGGUGUCUUGGCGCUCGCAGUCCAUUCGCCCCGCGGUGCUGGGGCGCCGGCCCUCAGUGGCGCAGGGCCCUAGGCGAGCCAAGGGACGCCAGCCUGGAACAGCAAGCGCGGGCGGGAAGGAGCCCCAGCUCUGGUUGAACAGCCAAAAUGAGCGGCGGUUGAGGAGCAUGGAAGAGCCAAUACUAGGUCUCCCGGUUCCCCGAACUUUGCCCAUCAGGAGGGUCGCUGGUCGGGGCAUGUGUCCCGGGAAGAGAAGCGGGAAGCUGAACAAGCCUGCCACCGCCUCUCCAGAAAAAUAUCAGAGAAGCUGCAGAAGAGUGACCCUGGAAUUCAAAGGAGUGGAAAAGCCCAGAUGAACUAUGACGAAGAAGCAGCAAAGAAUACUAAAGCAAUAAAGAUUUUUUAUAUCUCCCUACCCCGUCCUAGCUAAGAGAGGAAGACCAAAAUGUGAAGUAAUUGAAGUGGAAUAAAACAUCAUCAGCUCUAUGGACGGUUCAGCUGUCCUUACUGAAGGGAGGUCUUUGAAGGCUUUAGACCCCAGACAUUCUUUCACCACUGAUGGAUGGAUCUAGGAUCAGAAGGUGUUCACCUUAGCUGGCUAGGUUCUGUCAACUGAGCGUGACUUCCAUGCAAGUGCACUCAGGUGUUACAAAAAAGAUUUUCUGUAGUUCCUUUCUAUCUACACAC